AUGCUCCUUUCGCUGGAAUACCUCACGGUCUUCCUGGCCUUAUGCUCGACAGGCUAUGGCCUCCAGGCUUCAGAAAUCCCCGCCGACACUCCGCUAUCCUCCUUGGUCGCCUCCGCGAAAUCGCAUCUCGCCAGCGGAUCGGCUCGUGACGCUCUACUCUACUUCGAUGCGGCAAUCGCCAGGGACCCUACGAACUACCUCACCAUCUUCCAGCGCGGCGCUGCAUACCUGUCUCUGAGGCGUAACACACAGGCUCUGGAAGACUUCGACCGGGUCCUGGAGUUGAAGCCCGAUUUCGAAAGCGCGCUGCUCCAGCGAUCCCGUCUGCGGGCGUCUUCUGCCGAUUGGACCGGCGCCUUGAGUGACCUGGCGAAGGCCGGGAAGAAGUCGUCUCCCGAAUAUGCUGAGCUUGAGGAAGCGCGCGAUGCGGCGCUCAAGGCUCAGAAGGCAGAGGACCGUAAGCAAUGGGACGACUGCAUCACUCAGGCGAAUGUCGCCGUUUUGAAGGCGAACACGGCCCUGGGCUUGCGACAGACACGCGCACAUUGCCGCUUCGAGAAGGGUGAUGUCGAGGAGGGAAUUAGUGAUCUGGCGCAUGUCUUGCAGAUUUCUCCGGGCUCCGUCGAACCCCAUCUGCAGAUGUCGGCAAUGCUGUUCUAUUCCCUGGCGGACAAUGAACGUGGCAUUGCGCAGAUCCGGAAGUGUCUCCAUUCUGAUCCUGACUCGAAACCGUGCAACCGUCUCUACCGGAGGGAGAAGCAGAUCACCAAGCGACUACAGAAACUGCGCGAUGCGCUGGAAGCCCGGAAAUUCAACAAUGCCAUCAAUCUCCUCGUGGGUACAGCAGACGACACUGGCCUUCUGGGUGAUGUGAAGGAUGAUGUCAAGGAGGAGCGAGAGGCAGGCCAUAUCCACCAGAAAGCCCCCAACAAACUCUAUGCGUCGUUGGUGGAAGACACUUGCAACGCUUAUCAAGAGGCUCACAUGCCGAAGCGUGCGGCACCUUACUGCACAGAGGCACUUGAAACGAACCCAUAUUCCCUCCCGGCGCUGCUAUUCAAGGGCCAGACAGCGAUUGAUGAAGAACGCUUCGAUGAGGCGAUCGCCACACUGAACACGGCAAAGGAACACCAUCCGGGCUCUCGAGAGGUCCAGACCCUCUUGCAGAAGGCCCAUGUCUUACAGAAACGUUCUAAGCAGAAGGACUACUAUAAGAUCCUUGGCGUCAGUCGAGACGCAGACGAGCGAACCAUCAAGAAGGCGUACCGUCAACUGACCAGACAACACCACCCCGACAAGGCCACCGCGCAGGGCGUCAGUAAAGAAGAGGCUGAGAAGCGCAUGGCUGGUAUCAAUGAGGCUUAUGAGGUCCUGUCAGAUCCCGAACUGAAGGCCCGGUAUGACAACGGAGAUGACCCUAACGACCCGGAGUCGCAGAGAGGUCAUCCGUUCCAGGGAAGCCCGUUCCCUCCGGGUGGUCAGCAAUUCUUUUUCCAGCAGGGCGGUGGUCGACAGUUCAAGUUCGCUCACCAGGGCUUUAAUUUCCCAGGGGGCUUCCCCUUCCGUUGA